AUGUCUAAAUGUCUAUUCCUCAAGGCUAUUCCAUCAAGGGGUUUUAAUCAAUCUAAGUCAGAUUAUUCCUUAUUCACUAAGUCAGAUUCUCAAGGAUUCAUUGCUCUCUUACUAUAUGUGGAUGAUAUUAUCAUUGCCAAUUCUAGUUCAUUGGCUAUAGCCUCUCUCAAGAGCUUCUUGGAAAGUCAGUUCAAACUGAAAGAUUUGGGAUCUUUAAAAUACUUUAUUGGUCUAGAGAUUGCUCGAAGCAAACAAGGCAUUUCUCUUUGUCAAUGUAAGUAUAUUCUUGAGCUUUUAGAAGAAUAUGGUCUCACUGCUGUUAAACCAGUUUCCAUUCAAAUAAAAGUCAAUCACAAAUUGAUACAUCAUUCAGAGAAUUUGCUUGAGAACCCAACAAGUUACAGACAACUAGUGGGAAAACUUUUAUAUUUGACAUUAACAAGACCAGAUAUUACAUAUGCAGUCCAUGUUUUAACUCAAUUCAUGGAUAAACCUGCUGAGAUUCAUUUCCGGGCUGCACUUAGAGUAUUAAAAUACUUGAAGGGAUCUCCUGGUCAGGGUCUUUUGUUUUACUCCACUUCAACACUUCAUCUCAGUGCCUAUUGUGAUAGUGAUUGGGCAGGGUGUCUUGAAACUCGCAGGUCAUUAACUGGCUAUUGUAUUUUUCUUGGCACUUCCUUAAUCAGCUGGAAAUCUAAGAAGCAACAAGUAGUUUCCAGAAGUUCUACUGGGGCAGAAUAUAGAUCCAUGGCUACUACAGCUGCAGAAGUCACUUGGUUGUUGUUUCUCCUAUCUGAUUUCAAGAUUUCAACUUCUUUCCCAGUUGAAUUAUUCUGUGACAAUGUUUCUGCUUUGCAUAUCUGCAACAAUCCAAAAGUUCAGCUUGGUGUCAUCAAGCCUCAGUACAUAUCUACUGCUCAGCAACUUACUGAUAUCUUUACGAAGGCAUUGAGUACAUCUAUGUUCUACAAUCUGCUACACAAGAUGAGCAUCAUCAAUAUUUAUGCUCCUCUUGAGGGGGAGUAUAAAAAGUAA